CAGGGCACACAAACCAAAGAUCGGUUUCCAAUUUCUUGCCACUAACUCAAGAUGUCAAAUUGUGAUGAAUGGUCAGUCACCAAGCACAAGCAAGGACUGAGAUGGGCCAUGCGCACACAGCGCACGCUAGUCUGGAAGCCGACCAAGAUUUGGCAGAAAAACUUCAGCAGAGAAAGCGGACCCCAGCAAAUUUCGGGUCUCUAUGCUCUGAUAUAUGUAGCAUCUACUACUGACCAAGAUCAGGGCGCUGAUGCAGUCGGCAUCUCUGGUGUGGAUUUGCAGGAGGACGGAUCCGGCGGUAUUCUCCAUCAUGUGGAGAUGUCUGCUCUGCGAAAGCGGGACUUCUGGGUAUUCAUCGAGCUUGUGACGGGUCCGCGAAUUUAUGGGGUGACACUGAGAAUCUGCGAAGAGCCUAGCUAUUAUGGGAGGGAGGAUGAGGAUCUGGAAGAGCAGGAGUUGCGUCUUCUGCCAACGAGACUACAUCUUUUCUUGCUCAACUUAGCGGGGUUUGAACGGGACACGCCCUAA